UAAGCUGUGGUAAUACACGCGUGCACGCUAAUAUUGUGUAGCGUGGAAGACUAGUGUGCUUUCUGUGCAUGUAUUCAGAUUUUUAUGCCGUAAUAAGUCGUGCAUAAAUCGCGUUGCCUUUUACCAUCAGAAAACAAAGGGAUCCCGGCCUACAUAAGCAAAAAAAAAAAAACUGUCUGCAGGAUGGAGUCCAGCAGGAUCACCAUGGAAUCCAAAGUAGCUGCUUCCAACAUGCUAAAUGCUCUGCAUUCUCUGUACCAGUUUGGUUACCUCUGUGACGUUACUGUCCAGACAGUGCAACAGGGGAUCCAUGAAGAGUUUUCUGCCCACAAAGCUGUAUUAGCUGCUUCCAGCAAUUAUUUCCGGGAACUUUUUGUCAGUGAAGAGCUGUCAGUUGCCAAAUCACCCACAGUAACCUUGCAGGACGUCUAUACAGAAGACUUCACUAGCUUCCUUGAAUUUGUCUACACUGCAAGAGUGCAGAUCCAGCAAGAAAAGCUGCAGAGGUUGAAAGAAGUGGCUGAGAAACUGGACUGCAAAGAUCUGUUGGAGGUUUGCAAUGGUUUCAUAACCAAUGAGAGACAGGAUUCAAAGCUACCAUCCCCGCCUAGAGUAAUGACCUUGAGGAGUAAAAGCCCUUGCUUAGGUCAGACUUCUAAAAUUAAAUCCUCAGCUAUAACAUUUAUGCUAUGUGACCAAACCCCAAAAAAGAGUAUGCAGCAGAUUAAACAAAAACACAAGCUCAGGAAAGAAGCAUCUACAAAAGAGAUAGGUGAAGAUGUUGCCUCCUGCAAUACUAAGACCUCUGUGACAAAGUCAUCUGACCAGAAUCAAUCAAAGACAGAAGAAUCUAAGGAUGAUGGUGGUGAGGGUGCUGGUGAAUCUGAUCAAAAUAAAACAGGCUGCAUAAAAUGGACACCCCCCUUGGACUUGAACACCUGUAUAGUUAUAAGGAGGAUCUCUGAGGUAAAAGAAGAGGACUGUGAAAGGAACACCAGUCUACGAAGGUCCCUUAGGAGUGCCUCAAGUUGGCUGAAGGAGACUUAUACCUGUGAUACAUGCAAUGAGACAUUUAAGACAGUGAACAAGUAUCAGGCACAUAUGGGCAAAGAGCAUGGUAUUAAUGUUGUGGUCAAGUACAGCUGUGACUUGUGCACCCAACUCUUUACUAACCCUAAAAACUUCAGGCAGCACAAACUAACUGUCCACAACGAUGAGCGACGCUACGCUUGCAAGUUGUGUGACAAGAGGUUUAAACGCCAAAAAGACAUUAACGACCACAUCAGAAAAGUACAUGAGAAAAAACGGUCUCCUCAGGCUUGCCCCUAUUGUGAUAAGAUUAUCAGUUCUAAAGGUGGCCUUACAGUUCAUAUUCGUAUACACACAGGAGAAAAGCCAUACAAAUGUGCGGCCUGUCCAGCCGGCUUUGCCCAGAAGUCCUCGUUCAACACCCAUGUGAGAAACAUGCACUUGUCUGGUAUAGAGAGGAAGCCUAGACCUGUAUACUGGAAGCUUGUUCCACCAAAUGAGGAUUCUGUUUUCGACAAGGAAGUCGGUAGUGACGGCAGCACCUGUAACCCAUUGGAUGGAAACACUUUAAACGCGAACUGCAAUAAAAAAAUGAAAAACGAAGAGCAGAAAAGCUUACCUAAAAAUGUAGGAAAAAAUAAUAUUAGGGAGAAGAGCAGCUUGCCUUUUAAUAAAGCAUCAACUGAUAAAAAGCCAGGAAGCUCACCUAGUACAAAAAAAUUGGGAAGCGAACGUGAUGCAAAGGACAGGGUAGGAGAUGAUGCAGGGGAGCUGAAUGAAAAUGGUGUGAAGAGCGAUGGAUUCAACCAAGAACAAGUUGAAGAAACAGAUGAGGAAGACGAGGAUGAAUAUGAAGGAGUCGAAGCCUCCGGUGGUGAUUCCGAAUAUGAGGAGUUCAAGGAUGUGAACGGCAGUCAAAUGAAAAGAAAAUGCAGAGGCUCGAAACUAGGAGUCGGCAUGGUUGUCAAUCCCAACAAGGAGCAGUACGUUAUCAAGUGCGAUAAGUGUGACAAGCAGUUCACCUUUCGGAAGAAAUUUGUGGCCCACUACGAAGAGGUACAUAAAUCCCUUCCGGAAAAGUUCUACAAGUGCGAGACCUGUGGCAAGUCUUUUGCCAACUACAGCUGCUGGAAGGAGCACCGGGCCUGUGUGCACUCCGAUGAGAGGAAGUAUGCCUGCACCCUCUGCAAUGCCGCCUUCAAGCGGAAGCGAGAUGUCCGCACUCACUACCUACGCAGACAUGAGGGCCGAUACAAGCGUCCUCUGUGCUCUGUCUGCGGCAAGAUUCUGAGCUCCAGGACCGCCCUGGUGUUCCACAUGAGGACUCACACUGGAGAGAAACCCUACCAGUGCUCUGUGUGCAACGGAAGGUUCGCCCAGCCAUCACAGCUCAAGCUUCACGUAAGGUCCCACACUGGAGAGAAGCCUUAUAUCUGUGAGGUGUGUGGUUCUUGUUUUUCUGGCAAAAGCAAAUUAGACAUUCACCGAAGGACACACACAGGCGAGCGGCUGUACAAAUGUGAUAUGUGCGGGAAGAACUUUUCCACUAAGCAAUACCUGAAGUGUCACAAGCGAUGUCACCUGGGAGCCAAGCCUUUCAAGUGUGAAGUCUGCGGUAAAACAUUUGGCCUUCGAGCUUCGUUAGCUCAGCACAGUAAGGUGCAUGCAGAAACCCGUCCAUAUUCCUGUGACCAGUGUGGGAAAACAUUCACCCAGCAGGGGGCUCUGCGACGUCACCAGAGAAUCCACACUGGGGAGAAGCCUUACAAAUGCAAAGCCUGUGACCGGACUUUCACUGACAUGUCCACUUUGAGAAGACAUGUUGCGGUUCAUGAUCGGAAAGCAGAUUGGAGGAGCUAUGCAAUUGAUCUUACCACCAAGAAAGUUCACAAUUGGUCCAAAAUAGAAACAUUAGGAGGGGCAUGUAUUGAUGAUAGCCCAGUGAAUCACGAUUUUACUGAUAUGCUCGAACAAGCGCAUCAAGAACUGGAAAAACACAAAGUCAGAAAAGGCGCUGCGAUUCCCAAUGUUAGUUCUUAAGAAAGGGUUUGUAGUGUUUGCCAGCAUGUUUAGUAUUUAGUUUAGUAAAAAGUGUUUUAAUGGCACAUUAUUUUUCUGCCAGAUUUAUGUGCCCUCACAAGCUUUCAUAGAAACAUUGGCAAAAUAAGUGUUCCCACUAUAUGAAUAACUAUGUAAAGGAUAGAGAAAAUAAGGUGCUGUUGUCUUCUAUGAGAAGGCAAUCAAGGACCUUUAAAUCAAAACACUAGUAGAAAAUAAUAAAGUACUGUAUAUAUUUUAUAUGGCUAUACUGUAGAAACAUUUUUAUUGUGCUGACAUGUCAAAACAUUACAGAACAAGAACUUGAAAUAACAAAGGUUUUUUUUUUUUUUUUUUUUUUUAUAAAUCACGCACAUUUACAUUUGUGAGAUAUCAAUCAA